AUGCGACGUCCGAUGAAUUUAAGAGUAUCUUUGUGCAUUUUCCUAAUAUCGACUGUGUUAACUGUUGGCGCUGAAGACGUGUCAAGUGUAGAAAGCACAACAAGUGUUUCAUCAAGUGAUGACGUUUUCAACAUUCCCAUCGACAACGAUGAAGAGACCUUUUCCAAUGCAACUGCGCUACACAUCGAAGGCGCCUCGGUGGAAGUUAUCACCUCAGACCUUUUCAGGUUACAUCCCCUGCUGAAGUAUUUCCACAUCUCUGCUAAGGUGCAUUCAAUCGAACCGGAUGCCUUUUCAUCGGCGAGCCGUUUAAUUACACUCCAGUUGGACAACAACGCACUGCCAACCGUACCCAAGGAAGCGUUCCGUCACCUUCCGCUACUCAAGACCCUUUCCGUCGACCGCAAUCGCAUAGUCGGGCUGCAUGCCGAUGACUUCCUGCACGCCAUCAGUUUGCGGUGGCUUUCUUUAAGUGAAAAUUUCAUCUCGUACAUUCACCCGAGCGCGUUCGAUCGUUUGUCGAAGCUGUCCUUCCUCAACGUGAGCUGGAACCGGCUCUCGUCGCUCGACGGAAUCCAAACGCUAACGCGGUUGAAUGUGCUGGAUUUGCGUUACAACUAUGUCAGGCGGCUCAACUACUCCCAUUUCCAGCCGUUAAAGGAUCUGCGGGAAUUAAGUGUGCGUGGCAAUCUGUUGGUCGAUGGCGUAUCGAGUGGUGCCUUCGCUGCGCUUUCGGAACUGAGGCGGCUCGAUUUGGGUGAUAAUUUUUUGAAAUCCCUUCCCAAGCAACUGCUCGCUGCGAAUCGGAAGCUGAAGGAGCUCGACUGCGAGGAGAACGCGCUGGAGAGCUUACCGGACGCGUUGUUUCACGGUCUCACGUACCUUCGGAGGGUAAACAUUCGAAACAAUCGGCUUGUGAGUCUGGCCCGCGACACGUUCCGUGAUCAGCCAACAUUCAUGCACCUUACGCUAGAAGGAAACCAUUUCGUGGAACUAGAACCGAACCUUCUCCGAUCGGUGGACGUGCUGCUGCAAAAUAAUCGUAUUCAGGUGCUACAAAGGGUGGACGUUGUAAGCGCUUCGGUCGUUCAGAGCUUGUAUCUAUACGGCAACGACAUCGUCGCGAUUAAAAAGGACGCGUUCGAGAAUCUACCGGGAUUGAAGAACCUCUACUUGUAUUACAAUGAAAUCCUAGAGCUUCCGCCGACGCUGUUCCAUGCAAAUCAUCACCUACAGUACGCCAACAUAGCCCACAACAAGCUCACGAAGCUACGGACGAACACAUUCGCCGGCCUGGCGGAGCUAUACGCGGUCGAUUUGUCCUACAACCGGCUGAGCGUCAUCGAGCCGGCCACCUUCUCCGGGUCGCCGGUGGAAUAUUUAUACCUAACCGGCAACCGCCUAAAGACACUCGACGAGGGAGCGCUCCGAGGGACCCGGCUGGUUUACCUACAGCUCGACGACAACGGUAUCAGCACGCUCCAGCAGCCGGAGCUUAGCGGAGUGUCGCGAACGCUGACGGAAUUUCGGGCGAAAGAUAAUCGUAUCGCUUCGUGGCAGCCACUUUGCCUGAGCCUUUCGCCCCAACUGACGACCGUUGAUUUGCAAAACAAUUCCCUUACGUCGAUAGAGGCCUCGUGUGGGGCGCACCAGUCCGGGCACGAAUCGCUUGGGGUGGCAUACAAUCUCGCGUGGAACGGAUUAAUGGAAGUGCCACCUUUGGCCGGGCGCAUCCUUUCGAUAGAUCUCAGUGGAAAUAAUUUGACGCACUUCCAAGGGCAGCAGUUCCGUCGAUAUCAGGACACGGAAACCGUGUUCCUGCGAGAUACUUUGAUAACGGAGUUAAAGGCUUACGAUUUCACGUUUUUAACCCACCUCAAGCGAUUGGAAAUUGGUUCCAAAGUGCUGAACUUGGUCGCUGAAGAUACGUUCCAUUUGCUAAGGCUUGAUCACUUGGAAAUCAAUGAUUCUCCAUUGAAGGAACUCCCACAUCUACUUCUUAGAGGUCAGAUAAACCUUUCGGCUGUUGCUUUUGCACGGAAUCGAAUAGCUUUCCUAGCUGGAGACUUUUUCCAGGACGCCCGGAUAUUAGAAGACAUUAACCUCGCAUUCAACGAGCUUACAGCUAUCGAUCCAGCAUGGUUCCAUCAAUUAACACAACUGCGCAAGGUCAAUCUCGAGGGAAAUCGAAUCGCACAGCUUCCCAACGACCUGUUCUCGUCCGACCAUUCCUUGGACACGCUUUCGCUAGCCAACAACCGGCUCACCUCGAUCGGAGAGGCUUUCUUCCUCGGGCAAGUACCUAUAAAGGCACUCAACCUAUCCUACAACCAGCUCACGGAAGUCGAUGUACUGAAUACGAACGACAAGCUCACCCACCUCGAUGUGUCCGGCAAUCAGUUGAGCCGCCUGUUGGUACGAGGGAGUUUCCAUGUCCUCAUAGCCAACUCCAACCAAAUCCGUACCCUGCGGUGGGAAAAUGCCAAUCUAAACUGGGAGCUCGUGGAGCUGCACAUAGCCAACAAUUCGCUAACCGAAGUGGAUUCACAAAUGUUUGAGGCGCGAUUCUUGCACUCGAUCGAUGUAUCGGAAAACUGGUUGAACUCGUUCCCUUUCGAGAUGGUGUAUAAGCUGAAGCGAUUGCGUACGUUAAUCGUAGCGAGGAAUAAUAUACGAUCGGUGCCUGAGCGUGUUUCAAACAGCUUCAAGCUGUGGACACUGGAUCUAUCGGAGAAUCCCAUAAACAAGAAGGAUGAUUUCCUCAAACCAUGUUUUAUAUCUAACAUCAUCGUCGACGCACAAUACUAG